CCAGGGCGGCCGGGGAGCCCCCGCACGGAGGUGGGGCCGAGGGCGCAGGGAGGGCCCGGCAGCCACGGGAGGGACACCAGAGCGGCCCGAGGGGGAGGCGGCGGAAGCCUAGAGCAGAGCGCAGCCAGAAGCGGGGGCAGCUUAGGGGAAAGCACGAGGUCAGAGCUCGGCUCGGGGAGAGGACAAAAUGGAGGCACUAACGGGGACCCCCCAAAGAGAAGAGAGCUGGAAGACGUGCUCCAGGCUCGCCCUACGGGGAAGCCUCCAGGCUUUCUGCCUGCACUCCAGGAGGGGCGGAGGCGGGGGAAAGAAAGCCGGCUCGGUGGCUCCUCUCUCCCUCAGAACUACGACUCCCGGCAUGCCGCGCGCGACCGUCGCCAUGGUGACGCGCAGAGAGGGCGGAGCCCGGGCAUCUGCCGCGCAGACUCCAAGAUGGCGGCGCGCAAGGGUUCCGGUCGCACGUGUAAAGGGAAGGCCAAGACGCCGAGCAGUCCGCCGCGUGUCUACCUCCCGGGUCGGGGCCCGCCGCUGCAGGAAGACGAGGAGCUGGUGCGGGACCAGGAGGCCUACGUGCUGUACCACCGCGCCCAGACCGGCUCGCCAUGCCUCAGCUUCGACGUGGUCCGGGACCAGCUGGGGGACGCCCGCAGCGACUUCCCCCUGAGCCUGUACUUGUGCGCAGGGACCCAGGCGCCCAGCGCUCAGAGCAAUCGGCUGAUGGUGAUGAGGAUGCACAACCUGCACGGGACCCCCAAAAGGGAGGGCUCUGAGGACAGUGAGAGUGAAAGCGAGGACGAGGAGGAGGAGGAGGAGAAGAAGCCGCAGCUGGAGCUGGCCAUGGUCCCCCACUACGGAGCCAUUAACCGAGUCCGGGUUGCAUGGCUCGGGGAGACCCCUGUGGCGGGGGUGUGGUCCGAGAAGGGCCAGGUGGAGGUGUUUUCCCUUCGCAGGCCCCUGGAGGCAGUGGAUGACCCCCACGUCCUGGCGGCCUUCCUGAGGGAGGAGCAGGCCCAGACCCGGCCCCUGUUUGCCUUCGCCGGCCACAUGGCCGAGGGCUUUGCCCUGGACUGGUCUCCGCGGGUGCCCGGUCGCCUGCUGACAGGGGAUUGUCAGAGAAACAUUCACCUCUGGACACCCACCGACGGGGGCUCCUGGCACGUGGACCAGCGGCCGUUCGCCGCCCACUCCCGCUCGGUGGAGGAUCUGCAAUGGUCACCAACCGAGGACACGGUCUUUGCGUCGUGCUCUGCCGACGCCUCCAUCCGAAUCUGGGACACCCGGGCAGCGCCGAGCCGGGCCUGCAUGCUCACGGCCCCCGCCGCCCACGACGCGGACGUCAACGUCAUCAGCUGGAGCCGGAGGGAGACGUCCUUCCUGCUCAGCGGGGGCGACGAUGGUGCCCUCAAGGUCUGGGAUCUCAGGCAGUUCACGGUGAGCCCCUGGGGUCCGGGCACUGCCCGGAGGGCCUUAGCUGAGGGCGGCUCUGAUCCUGUGAUUUUGGUGUGUGCCGGUGUAUACGUGGCGGUGUAUAUAUGUGCAUGUGCUGGUGUGGCGCAUACAUGUGUGUACAGGCUGGUGUGCAUACAUGUGGCAUAUAUAUGUGCACAUGCUGGUGUGGUGCAUACAUGUGGCAUAUAUAUGUGCACGUGCUGGUGUGUGUGGAGGGGUGUGUAUUGGUGUAUAUGUAUGUGUGCUGGUAUGGUACAUACACGUGGUAUAUAAACGUGUAUGUGCUGUAUACAUGCAUGAGUGGUACAUGCAUGUGGCAUAUAUGUGUGCUGGUGUGCACAUGUGGCGUACACGCCUCAGUGGUGUGCCUGGGUGCGAGUCACCUGUGUGGCUUUGUGGGUGGCUUUGGACCGGUCACUCCCACCCCUUCUGAUACU